AUGAAGGAACCUAUCCUCCCACCAUCAAGAAGCUACUGCCACCCUACUGGAGACACUCCUACUGUUAGUUCCAUAAAUGUUGAGGUUGCCGACGAACACGUGGCUCCCAAAAUAAAGUUUCAAUUCGCCUUUGAAGAGAUUGAAUUGUCUGAUGAUGAAGAUGAUCAAGAGGAUCAAGAAAAGGAAUUGAUAGAAUAUGAGUUUGAAGAUUUUAUUCAGCAAAGUAUUUCAAACCCAGAAGAGGAUGUAGCUGUCACACCUCCGUUUGUAACUGAAAGGGAAAGUGAUACAAUGGUGCAAUCUUCCAUACCGACCCCUGAACAGAUGGAUGCUCUUAUAGCAGAACUUCAGCGAACUGCAUGGAAGCCUCUCCAAACAGUUCCUAUUGAUACUGAACCUCCAUAUGAAAUUGAUCCAGAAGACUCAGCCAACGCUUUACUCCCAAUGAAGCGAAAAAGAAGAGAUCCAAGGCCGGGAGUGCUUAUCACAGACCUAGUUCACAAGAAAUCUACACCGAUUGAGCCUGGUUCUAUGGCUCAAAACAUUCAAGAGACAUUCACUGACCCGAUUGUUGAACAAGAAGUCAUACCUUCAGAAGGAGCUCAAGCUUCACGAAGCUCUUUUGAAACACCCAAGCUGGACAUCUCCACAGGCAAAAGCAAGUUGCAUGAAUCUGAAUUAGUCGAUGUCGUUCUGCUUCAGAACAAAGUCUUUGAUCUGGAACAAAGCUCUGCUGAAAAAGAUUUGAUUAUUGGAAAGCAAGACAUUCGAAUCAGCGAGCUUGAGAAAGAGAACUCCAAUAAAAGAUUCAAAGAUGUCAGAACUUCUUGCAAAUCUUGGUGGUCUAACUUCUCUAUUCUUUGA